AUGUCUACAUUUGGCGCUUCAUCUUCGGCGAACUUAAAUCCAAACAAGUCUGUUGAGGUGGUACAACCUCCCAGUGAUUCUGUGUCGAGCCUUAGUUUCAGUCCCAAGGCCAAUGUGCUAGUUGCAACUUCUUGGGAUAACCAGGUACGAUGUUGGGAGAUAAUGCGUAACGGGACUACUGUUGGCACUGUGCCCAAAGCAUCAAUAUCACAUGAACAGCCGGUUCUAUGCUCUACUUGGAAGGAUGAUGGCACAACUGUCUUCUCUGGAGGUUGUGACAAGCAAGUAAAGAUGUGGCCGUUAUUGUCUGGAGGACAACCGGUAACCGUGGCCAUGCAUGAUGCUCCCAUCCGGGAAAUUGCUUGGAUCCCAGAGAUGAACCUCUUAGUCACAGGAAGCUGGGACAAGACUCUUAGGUACUGGGAUUUGAGACAGUCAAAUCCAGCACAUAGUCAACAGCUUCCUGAUCGUUGCUAUACACUUUCCGUAAGACAUCCUCUGAUGGUUGUUGGAACUGCAGAUAGAAACCUUAUAGUGUUCAACUUGCAGAAUCCUCAGACUGAGUUCAAGAGAAUUGCGUCACCCCUCAAGUACCAGACAAGAUGUGUUGCGUCGUUUCCUGAUCAGCAAGGUUUCUUGAUUGGCUCAAUUGAAGGUAGGGUUGGUGUACAUCACCUUGAUGAUUCACAACAAAGUAAGAACUUUACUUUUAAAUGCCACAGAGAGGGCAAUGAGAUAUACUCAGUCAACUCGCUGAGUUUUCAUCCGGGUGUUAAGGCGAAAAAUGUCUUGAUGAGCGCAGAUGAUUUCUCAUUUCAAUGGGCAUCCAUGAGAAAGUCCCUGAGCUGUGAUCUUAUGCAUCACACAUUUGUAACUGCGGGAUCAGAUGGUGCUUUCAAUUUUUGGGACAAAGAUAGCAAGCAAAGACUGAAGGCUAUGUCAAGAUGCAGUCAACCUAUACCUUGCAGUACCUUCAACAAUGAUGGCUCAAUAUUUGCAUAUGCUGUUUGUUAUGAUUGGAGUAAGGGUGCAGAAAAUCACAAUCCAUCAACAGCAAAGACCAAUAUUUUCUUGCACUUACCACAGGAGUCUGACGUUAAAGGCAAACCUCGUAUUGGUAAUAGUGGUAGAAAGUGA